AAACGUAUGGCCUAUCUGAAUGAGUUGGAAAACUACCGCAUUGCCACACAGUCCGGCGGCGCACCGAUGCCUCGACCUGCCGAACCCGAACCUUCUGUGAGUUUGGACUGCCUUCUUUCUGAAAAACAAACCUGCAUGUUCAUCCUCUAG